AUGAAGCAAACAGAUCUCCAGUAUGAAGCCAAAACCAGCUUUUUCAGAACCUUAUGGGCUAAACCCAACAAAACCGCCUCGUUGGACCUCAUUCACCUCUUCAGCGACUGCAUCCAGACGGCUUCAUCCAGAACAAAGGAGUAUCUACUUUUCAGGGACCCGGAGAACAAGUUCCACCCGAGUCCUUCAACCCUAAGCGAGAUCUUUCUGAUGACCUACAUCCAGCACAGCAGCCUGCUGAAACUCACCGACACGUUCAACUGCACAGCCAUGACCCCAGAACAGAGGAUCCUGCUGGGCGCCCACUGGGUCUGGGCCGUGUUAGAUCAGCCGAGCAAGAACCCCCGAAUCCAGAUCGCGGUCCAGGUUUUUCAUCUGCCAGAAAGAACGGAGGAGAACGACGAAGAGCUGUCUUUAGAUAUCUACAGAGACAUUAUGCGCAUGGCCGGGAUGGAUGUGGUAGAAAGAACCCAAGCUGAGAGGAUGGUGGAGUUCUGCGCUUCCAUCGGUAGAGACUGUUAUGCGCUUUUCCUCUUUUUUGGGCGCCAAAAUGACGAGGGGAACAUUUACGGGCUGCUGAGUAACAAUCUUCAAGCAGCUGUGGGGAAGUGUGUGAGGAUUGACCAGGUCUUUAUCGAUUACUUCUUCAAAGGUGCAAAAUGCUUUGUCACUCCAAGUGAGAUGUUGCAAGGAGUGGUUGGUAAGGAGGGUGACGGUCCUCUGACCAUGCUUGUUAAAUUUACCUAACAGCUGAGCUGUUCUUACUAGAUUUAUUAAAAUUUUUGUGGGUUAUUCUAAUGUGCUGCUCACCACUUAGCAACAGAUGUUUUGCUUGCUGCACUGGAUCUGUAUGUUAAUGUUUUUCCCAAGACUUUCCAGCUUUAUAACUAGUUAUCUGUCUCCAGGAUUACUGAACUGUUACUAGAUGCAAUUAAAAUGCAAAGUAUUGUGCAUAAAUAAAUAUUUUUGCUGACACGUUUUGUAGUU